UAAGAUAAGGCGCAACAACAUUUUUGGCCCAAGGUUUCUUUUGCUGUCAGGGACCGUCCCUCAAAACUCAUUUAAAUAAUAGCAAAUCUCCGCUUUCAUCAUCCCAUCAAACGCAAAAGGCCGUCCCUUCCAGAUGUCAUGCUCCUUCGCCAUCUUCGAUCCAUCAUGACAUCCGAGGUUGCCAAGAAAGUGCCGAUCCCGGCCCGUGGAGUCGACUACCGUGGCAAGGUUGUGCUCGCGCCAAUGGUCCGGUCGGGCGAGCUGCCUUCCCGGCUCUUGGCCCUGCAUUAUGGCGCGGACCUGGUAUGGGGCCCCGAAACCGUCGACCACUCCCUCAUCGGCACGACCCGCCGCGUCAACCCAGACACGGGCAUGAUCGAGUGGACGCGGAUGCCCUCCAACAGCCUAAAGUCUCAGGGCAAGAAGCCCGUCCCGCCGCCCAAGGAAUCCGUCAUCUACCGGCUAGACCCCAACCGAGAGGCGGGCCGGCUGAUCUUCCAGCUCGGCACGAGCGACCCGGAGCGCGCCGUGGCGGCGGCGCGCCUCGUGGCCGCCGACGUCGCGGGCAUCGACGUCAACGCCGGCUGCCCCAAGCCGUUCAGCACGACGGGCGGCAUGGGCGCGGCGCUGCUCCGGACGCCGGACCGGCUCUGCGCCAUCCUCCGCGCCCUGGUCGCCGCCGUCGGCACCGCCGGUGCCGAGGCGGGGGAGGCCCCAGAGUUCCCCGUCGGCGUCAGCGUCAAGAUCAGGCUGCUCGAGACCCCCGCCGAGACCGAGGCCCUCGUCAGGCUCCUCGUGGCGACGGGCAUCACGGGCCUGACGGUGCACUGCCGGACGACGCCGAUGCGGCCGCGCGAGCGCGCCAUCCGCGGCCAGCUGCGCAUGGUGGCGGGCGUGUGCCGGGAGGCCGGGGUGGCGUGCCUGAUGAACGGCGACGUCGAGGACCGCGACCAGGCCGUGCGCCUGGCGGCCGAGUUCGGCGCCGACGGCGCCAUGAUUGCCACCGCAGCCGAGAGGAAUCCCAGCUGCUUCCGCAGCGCCCGCGACGGCGGCCUUGCCGGCUGGAGGGAGGUCACCGAGAGGUACCUCGCCCUCGCCGCAGAGGUCGGGAACAAGUGGGGCAACACAAAGUUCCUCCUCGGCCACCUGGUCCCCGGAAAGGAGCCCGCCUUCCGCAACCUCACGCACGCAAAGUGCUAUGCCGAGGCGUGCGAGAUCCUCGGCUUCCCGGCCUUGGCAGACGCGGCUCGCGACGUCGACGAGAGGCUCGGGCUCCUGCCUUCCGGCGCGGAAGCUGCUGGGAAAGGGAAGGGGAAGGGGAAGGCGGGCAACAACAGCACCGCGCUCGCGGCCGGCGGGAGGAUGGCCGAGGCGAGGUCGUCGGCAUCCCAGCCGCGGAAAAACAUUUCUGAGAGGGGAGUGGCGGCACAGCAGGCGCCUGCUGCUGUUGCGCUGCAGAUGUGAGUUGUAGCACGGGGGGUGUGUAAAUAUCUUUAUCGGGGGGAGAGGGUGGCCUCUCUCCCCCCCUCUUUUGCCAUUUUCCACAGGCGUUCAGGUUUGCCACGCGGUAUGGACAACGCGAAUGAUAUCCAUAAACUAGAAGGGGUGCAAAUGGGGGAAGCCUAUAGAAUUGCAAAGGUCUUGAUUGCAAAGGUCUUGAAAUCGACGCAAAACCGAGAUAUCUACAUUGAUGCCGUUGCAGCCCCCCUCUUCCCCCCCACCUUUACAAAUGCCUGCUCCAUGUUUGCAAACUCCUAAGAUGCCUUAGAACG